AAGAACACUAUAAACAAAAAUCGUGUGAGUUACUUUCUCAAAAACGAGAGAGAGAGAGAGAGAGACAGAGAGAAACGUGAUCAAUAUUUUUCAAUAAUCAAAUAAAAAUUUUUAGUACAAAAAUUAAUAAUAUUUAAAAAAAAUAAAUAAAUUUUUUCCUUUUUUGCAAAAUGUUGGACGAUCCAGUCUCGGGAUGACCGUUUAUCGGUCAAGUGUUUUUCGGUAAAAAAAAACUAUAUAAUUAAAAAAAAAAAAAAUUAAAAAAAGUGCGUGGGUGACAAAAAAGGACGGGGUAGUUUUUGUGCUAUAAAAUUGAUUUUGAGUGUUGACGAAAUAAUGGGUUUACAAGGAAUCAGAACUCUGAGUUUUAUUCUCCUUCUUCAUCUCACAAUUCAAGGUGGACUUGGAGGUAAUUGUGGAUAUCCAGGAGCACCAGCACACAGCAGUAUUCGUUUUACAUUAGCGGAAACUGAUGAUGCAAUUGAUGAUGAAGAAAUUUCAUUAAGGGAUUAUUAUCAAACGGGAACAAUAUCAACAUAUUAUUGUGAUAGGGGUUUUGAACUUCUUGGACCAGCGAGAAGACAAUGCCAGGCUGAUGGUUCCUGGACACCGGAAGGCGUGCCAUUUUGCGUUCUUAAUGUUGCUGGUGGAAAGGCUCCGAUGCAGUCAAGCAGUGCAGAUGGAGGAAUUCCACAACGUGCUGUCGAUGGUAGUAGCGGUCAAAUUUAUUCACCACAAACAUGUACAUUGACAAGGGCUGAGCCAAGGCCCUGGUGGUAUGUCAAUCUUCUUGAACCCUACAUGGUUCAAUUGGUGCGACUCGAUUUUGGCAAAUCCUGCUGUGGGGACGGUGUGCCCGGAACAAUCGUCGUCAGAGUUGGUAAUAAUCGACCUGAUUUGGGGACAAAUCCAAUUUGCAAUCGUUAUACAGGACCAUUAGAAGGAGGUCAACCAUUAUUUUUGCCAUGUAAUCCCCCCAUGCCAGGAGCUUUUGUUUCCGUUCAUCUUGAAGCUGCUUCUCAAAAUCCAGUUCCUGUACAACUUUCACUAUGCGAAGCUUUCGUCUACACUGAUCAGGCACUGCCAAUAGAAAGGUGUCCACAGUUCAGAGAUCAGCCACCGGGAUCGACAGCAACUUACAAUGGAAAAUGCUAUGUUUUUUAUAAUCGUCAGCCAUUGAACUUUAGAGAUGCUUUGGCUUUUUGUCGAUCUAGAGGUGGGACUUUGGUAGACGAGAGUAAUCCUGCUCUUCAAGGAUUCAUAUCAUGGGAGCUCUGGAGACGCCACAGAAGCGACACAUCGAGUCAAUAUUGGAUGGGCGCAGUGAGAGAUAUGAAGGAUAGAACCACAUGGAGAUGGACCGGAAGUGGAGAAGAAAUCUCAGUGUCAUUCUGGAGUUUGCCCCAAGGCAGCGAGGAAGAUUGCGCUCGCUAUGACGGAAGUCGAGGCUGGUUAUGGUCAGAUACACCAUGCACAGCAAGACUAAACUUCAUUUGCCAGCAUCAACCAAAGGCUUGUGGAAGACCAGAACAGCCACCAAAUUCAACAAUGUCAGUGACAAAUCCUUCAGCAAAAUCUGUGGUCAGUGCUUAUGAAGUUGGAGCUGCUGUGGAAUACACUUGUAAUCCAGGAAGUCUUCUCAUUGGCCCCUCAACUCGCACUUGUCUCGAUACUGGAUUUUACAAUGAGUUCCCACCCGUUUGUAAAAACAUCGAAUGUGGUUUUCCGGCAAGUAUUCUUCACGGAGAAUACAGUCUGAUCAACAACACUGUCAGUUACUUGAGUCAAGUUCUUUAUAGUUGCGAGGAAGGCUACGAGAUGACAGGUCGAGCAAGACUUACCUGUGAUAUUGAUGAAAGAUGGAAUGGACCACCGCCACGUUGUGAACCAAUUCGCUGUGAUCCACCGCCAAUUGUGCCACACAGUCAUUUUCAAGUCGACGAAAUAUCAAGCGAAGAAUCUGAAAGCAAAAAUAAUAAUCGAAGUUUAAUUGUUGGUAGCAUUGUCACUUACACGUGUGAUAAAGGUUAUAGACUAGCGGGACAUCGUCAAAUUCUUUGCAUACCCACUGGUUCUUAUGAUUAUUCACCACCAACUUGCAUUGAUGAUUCACUAAAUUCACCAGCGGCACCGCCACCGCGAGUCACACACAGACCAUCGAGUACAAGAGGUCGACCAUUUAUUCCCACGAGAUUUAGAUCAUCAUCGUCAUCGACAACGUCAACAACAACGACAGCAAGUAGCAUAUUGAGCUCGACACCAAAUCGAAAAUCAUCAUUGUCACACGUUGAACAACCGGCGACAGUUCGCGAAACAAUUCAAAGAAAAUCAUCAAUUGGAUUACAAAAACCAGCCACGACAAAUGUCAAUGAUGGAAGUAAUGAUCAUCCACAGGAUAAUGAAAUUUCAGGAAGUGGCGUUGAUAAUAGAGAAACGUCACUUGACAGUGGAGUUCCUGAACCUUCGGGACCAUACAGAGUUAAUAAUGAACAACCAACGCAUCAAGCAAAAUUACAUCUUGGUGCUGUUAUUGCUUUGGGUGUAUUUGGAGGAUUUGUUUUUCUAGCCGCCGUCAUUACGACAAUUGUCAUUCUUAUUCGCAGAAAUCGUGGAAGGGGAGGUAAACAUUAUCGUCAUCGAGCAUCGCCUGAUUGCAAUACAGUGGCAAGUUUCGAUAGCAGUUCAUCGGAGAGUCGUGGCGGUUUAAAUAAAUAUUAUCGUACGGCAUGGGAAAAUUUACACGAAUCAGCUGGACAUAAGGCAAAUCAUGCUCCAUUACGUCGCAAGGAGACCCUGGAUGAACCAGGAUAUAGAGAAAAUUUUCGCGGUAGCAAUACAGAGCGUGAUGGUUCUGAACUUGUUGUAAGUGACGUUGCCGCUUAUCCAUCGAGUAAACAAGCCAGCAUGUCCGACAAAAAACGUCAUCAUCACCAUCAUCAUCAUCAUCAUGGCACGCCCGAAUGGAGACAAUCUCAAUCACAUCAUAGAUAUUGAAAAAAAAUAUAUAUAUAUACAUAUAAUAUGGAUUUCUCUCACGAGAAAUUUUUUUUCUAAUACUGUGUUGUUCACAUAAAUAGCCACGUGGAAAAAAAAUUCCAAUUUUUGAGUUUUAAAAAAAAAUAAUUUAAUUUCUUUUUUUAUCAAAUCGAAUGAAAAUUAGAAAAAAAGAAAUUAAAUUUUGUUUUUUAAAUCAUUUGGAAAAUUUUAUUUUGUAAUUUAUUUUUUUUUUUUUUGAAAUUUAUCCCUAGUAUUUUUUUCAAAUCUAUUUUUUGAAUUCAUUUAAAUGUUAUUAAUUAUUAUUGUUAUUUAUUUCUUUUUCCAUUUUUAGAGGAAGAAUUUUUGUAUCUUUUUCUAACGGAAGUUUCAAAAAUUAGAUUUAUAUUGUAAUUAUAAAAAAAAAAAAAUUUGUUAAAAGUAUUUUCUUAAAGAAAACAUUUUUUCUAAAUCUUCUUUUCGGUGAUAACAUAUUUUUAGUAUAUUUGUACAUUUUUAGCAACAAGAUUUUUUUUUUUAUUUGCGAAAAAAGGAGCCUAAAAAAUAUGCCAUUCAAAUAUUUCAAAAAAAGAAAUUAUUUUUUUGGAAUUUAUAUUUUAAAAAUUGAACUUUAUCGAAAAGGCUUUGGAACACAGUAUUUUUGUUUCGGGGAAAAAAAAUCCAUAAAAACUUAUUGACAUUUCGUUGAAUUACGAAAAGAAAAAAGAAAAUUCAAACGAAAAAACGAGGAAUCUAAUUCUAUUCGUGUUCUGUUAUGCCUUAAAUUAUUUAUCACUAGCUCAUUAAUGUAAAUAGUUAAUAGACAAUAAGAAUAUUAUAAAAUUAUAAAUAUUUUAUAUAUAUAUGUACGUGCAUACAAUUUUUCCUAAAAAAAAAAAAAAAAAAGAAGAAAAAUUAUUUAUCCCCCAGUGUAUACAGAGACUGAUGCGGUUAAUUGAAUUUCUUCCAUUGUAUGUACGCAUGUUGACUGGUCGGAGGACAUGCCAAAAAAAAGCAGAGAGUAAUAUAUAAUAUUAAUAAUAAUAAUUGUAAACUAAACGAUCAAAUAUGACAAAGUGUAGUAUUUUUUUUUUAAAUAUAUUUUCUUCACUAAUAAUUUGUAAAACAUUAGAUAGCGAUUUUCUUUUCAUUUGUAUAUGUAUACAAAAUGAUCAUUAUGUUCCGGAUCAUUGCAGAAAAAUAAUUUCUGUUUUUCGUUUUCUAAAUAGAAAAAAAAAAUAUUAAAAAUAUUUUUAAGAAAAAAAAACAGAAAAAUAGUGAAUUAAAGCGGAAAAUAAUUAUCACUUUGUAUAUUAAAAAAAAAAAAAAAAUCAUUUUCUUCAUCCAUGUAAAAAAUUUCCACGAAAACUGUCAUGCGGAAAAUCAAAAGAAAAUUCAAUUUGGAAAUUUCGUAUAAAUUCCAUGGAUUUUACAUAAAUUUUCCAAGGAAAUUCCAUUAAAUUAUAAUUUUCUUUUCUUUGAAAUUACAUGAAAUUUCCAUCGAAUUUCAAGUAAAGUAAAGUCCAUGGAAAUUUCAUGGAAAUUAAAUGGAGAAUCCUUAAAAUUUUUUUUGUAAAUUCCAUGAGUUUUCCACAAAUUAUCGAAGGAAAUUCCAUUAAAUUUUCAUUUUCUCUUCUUAGAAAUUCCAUACAAUUUCCAUGGAAUUCCUAUGUAAAGUCCAUGGAAAUUUAAUAGAAAAUCCAUGAAAAAACUUUACGGAAAUUUCAUGGACUUUCCAUAAAUUUUCUAAGGAAAUUCCAUUAAAUUUAAAUUUUCUUUUCGUAGAAAUUCCAUGCAAUUUACAUGGAAUUCCAAGUAAAGUAAAAUCUAUGUAAAGUUCAUAGAAAUUUAAUGUAUAAUCCUUGGAAACUUUUUGUAAAUGCCAUGAGCUUUCCAUAAAUUUUCCAAAGAAAUUCCAUUAAAUUUUCAUUUUCUUUUCUUAGAAAUUUUAUACAAUUUCCAUGGAAUUCCUAUGUAAAGUCCAUGGAAAUUUAAUGGAAAAUCCAUGAAAACUUUUUGUAAAUUCCAUGGACUUUAAACAAAUUUUCCAUGAAAAUUCCAUUAAAUUUAAAUUUUCUUAGAAAUUUCAUAUAAUUUCCAUGGAAUUUCAAGUAAAGUAAAAUCCAUGUAAAGUUCAUGGAAAUUUAAUGAAAAAUCCAUGAAAAUUUUAUGGAAAUUAGGAAAUUCCAUGGAAACUUAAAGAAAAUCCUAAGGAAACUUGAAAUUUUUUUAAAAUAAAAUUUCUACGUAAUUUUCGAAUGCAUUGUCAGUGGAAAUUUUUCACCUGGAUAACAGGAUUAAAAAAAAAAUAAAGCAUUAGAAGUGAAAUGCUAAUAUAUAAUUUAGAAACUUUGUAAAUUUCUUAUAUUACAUUUUAUAAUACAAUUAACUAUAGGAAUUUUUAUCGCGUUUUGUAAUUUUAUUAUUCCAUAUUAAUAAUUUUGUAUAUCUUUUCGUAUUUAUUAUAAAAAAAAUUCCCAUUUUUCGGAAAUUCUCAAUGUGAUCUUAAAAAAAAAAACAACGAAUUUUUUUGUCGUUCGCAAAUUUUUUUGUGACGGUAAUUAAGGUUUAUUUUUUAAAUAAAUAAAAAAAAAAUUCAAAUUAUAGUAGUGCCAUUCUCGGCAAUACACUUUUUUUCAUAACGCACUGAGGGCGAAGCGUAUUUGUUUUUUUUUUU